UAAAUGCAAUUGGAAAUUAGUACUAUAUACUGUACUCCAUAUAUUACUACUAAAUCCAUUCCUCCUUAUUUGACAUAGUUGACCAGCGUAAAUUUCACUCGCUGUUGCCCUAUCCUUAGCCGUUGAUCUCGAUCCAACGGGCAGGAAUCAAGGUGACUGAGAUUCGGAGAAUAAGUCAUCUGGUCAAUAGCAAACUGGUUUUAUAUCACCGCAGCCUCCUCACUCGCUCUUUCCUCGCCUCCACUCCAACCACCCCGCGAUAGCUGGAGUCACCGGCGUUCACACAGGCGACAGCUCGUGCUCCGGCGAUCGACGCGGCGGCCAUGGACAAGCUCGGCGCCAACCCGGCCAACUCGUGCGCGCUCACGCCGCUGGGCUUCCUGGAGCGCGCCGCCACCGUGUUCGGCGACUGCCCGUCCGUCGUCUACCACGACACCGUCUUCACGUGGUCGCAGACCCACCGCCGCUGCCUCCGCCUCGCCUCCGCGCUCGUCUCCUCCCUCGGCAUCUCCCGCGGCGACGUCGUGUCCGUGCUCCUGCCGAACGUGCCGGCGAUGUACGAGAUGCACUUCGCCGUGCCGAUGAGCGGCGCCGUGCUGAACAGCAUCAACACGCGGCUCGACGCGCGCACGGUGUCCGUCCUGCUCCGCCACUCCGGCUCCAAGCUCAUCUUCGUCGACCCGGCGCUGCUCCCCGUCCUCCGCGACGCGCUCCGCCUCCUCCCGGCGGGGCACACGGCCCCGCGCGUCGUCCUCGUCGAGGAUCCCCAUGAGAAGGAGUUCCCUCCCGCCCCCGCCGCCGCGCUGACGUACGAGAGGCUCGUCGAGAAGGGGGACCCGGAGUUCGCGUGGGUGCGGCCGGCGAGCGAGUGGGACCCGAUGAUCCUCAACUACACCUCCGGCACCACGUCGGCGCCCAAGGGGGUGGUGCACUGCCACCGGGGGAUCUUCCUCAUCACCGUCGACUCGCUGGUCGACUGGGCGGUGCCGCCGCGGCCGACGUACCUGUGGACGCUCCCCAUGUUCCACGCCAAUGGCUGGAGCUUCCCAUGGGGGAUGGCCGUGGUGGGCGGCACCAACGUCUGCCUCCGCCGCGUCGACGCCGCCGAGGUGUUCGACACAAUCGCGCGCCGCGGCGUCAACCACCUGUGCGGCGCGCCCGUCGUGCUCAACAUGCUGGCGAACGCGCCCGAGGGCGUGCGGAAGCCGCUCCCGGGGAAGGUGCGGAUCCUCACGGCCGGCGCGCCGCCGCCGGCCGCCGUGCUGUACCGCACGGAGGCGAUCGGCUUCGAGGUCAGCCACGGGUACGGGCUGACGGAGACCGCGGGUCUGGUGCUCUCGUGCGCGUGGAAGGGCGAGUGGGACAAGCUCCCGGCCUCCGAGCGCGCGCGGCUCAAGGCGAGGCAGGGCGUGCGCACGCCGGGGAUGGCCGAGGUGGACGUCGUGGACGGCGAGACCGGCCGCAGCGUGCCCCGCGACGGGUCGACCAUGGGCGAGAUCGUGCUCCGCGGCGGCUGCAUCACGCUGGGCUACCUCAACGACGAGGCGGCGACGAAGGCGGCGAUCCGGGACAACGGGUGGUUCUACACCGGCGACGUCGGGGUGAUGCACCCGGACGGGUACGUGGAGAUCCGGGACCGGUCCAAGGACGUGAUCAUCAGCGGCGGGGAGAACAUCAGCAGCGUGGAGGUGGAGUCCGUGCUGUACGGCCACCCGGCGGUGAACGAGGCGGCGGUGGUGGCGCGGCCGGACGAGUUCUGGGGGGAGACGCCGUGCGCGUUCGUCAGCCUCAAGCAGGGCGGCGGCGCGGUGACGGCGGCGGACGUGGUCGCGUGGAGCCGGGAGCGCAUGCCGCGGUACAUGGUCCCAAAGACGGUGAUCUUCCGCGACGAGUUACCGAAGACGUCCACCGGGAAGAUCCAGAAGUACGUGCUCCGGAAUAUCGCCAAGGAGAUGGGGCCCACCACGGGCACCAACACCAAACGCAACAGUAAAAUGUAGCGGCAUCUAGCCAGCAGAUGUGGCACUUGCUUUUUAGCGUCGUCGUCGUCUUCUUCACUCGGACAGAGUCACAGAGCAGAAAUGUCUGGUGCAGGCAGAGGCUGAUGCAUUCCGCAUUGUCAUGGCAUGGCAUGUUUCUGUCGAUAUAUCAGCACCACCAGCCAUGGCCUGUUUGAUUGGGGGAAGGGGGGGGGGGGGUGUUUAGAUCCACCGAUAAAUUUUUUUUAAGGCAUGUACGAAGUAUUAAAUAUUAGACGAAAAAAACUAAUUACACAGUUUGUGUAUAAA